UGUAGAAAGUUGUCGACUAUUUUAUUGUCAUUUUGUAAGUUAAAAACGAGAAAAACUGCUCCGAAAUGGUCUGGCAAGUUGGAAGCUAACACUUGCUGCUAACCGAUGUAAAAGGAAGUUUAGCAACUUUGCUCGAGAUGAAUGCAACCAUCCAACACAUGUAAAAGAAAUCCUUAAUGGAGUCAUCAAGAGUGUAAAAAAAGACGGAGAAUGGAAGGUUUUAAUUGUGGAUCACAUGAGCAUGAGGAUUCUGUCGUCUUGUUGCAAGAUGUCAGAUAUUCUGGCCGAGGGAGUGACGAUUGUGGAGGACAUUAACAAGGGCAGGGAGCCCAUCUCAAGUUUGGAAGCCAUUUAUUUGAUUUCUCCAGUGGAGAAGUCAGUCAAAGCUCUCAUCAAUGACUUCAAGGACACAGUCUUUACUUACAAAGCGGCCCACAUCUUCUUCACAGACACCUGUUCCGAAAGUCUCUUUGCUGAGAUUGGAAGAUCCAGAGUGGCCAAAGUUGUCAGGACACUGAAAGAAAUCAAUGUGGCAUUCCUGCCCUAUGAGUCCCAGGUGUUUUCUUUGGACAAUCCCACUUCCUUUAAAUCUUUCUACGGCUCUAAUCCAAGUGAAAGCAAAGACACGAUGAUAGAAAAUAUGGCAGAGCAGAUUGCAACCCUGUGUGACACACUCAAGGAGUAUCCUGCUAUUCGAUACCGCAAGGGACUUGAUGAAAAUGCUAAACUGGCUGAGGAGGUCAACCGGCGCCUUACUGCUCACAAAGCUGACAACCCGAGCAUGGGAGAGGGUGCAGAUAAAGCACGGUCCCAGCUAAUAAUCGUCGAUCGCGGGUUUGAUCCCAUCUCUCCUGUUCUGCAUGAGUUGACCUUCCAAGCGAUGGCUUACGAUUUGCUGGACAUCAAGCAGGACAUUUACACCUACCAGACAACCGGUGUGGGGAAUUCAAAAGAAAGAGAAGUGCUACUGGAUGAAGAUGAUGAUCUCUGGGUUCAGCUCAGACAUCAGCACAUUGCAGAUGUCACAAAAAAAGUGACUGAACUUCUCCGCAGCUUUUGUGAGAGCAAAAGGAUGUGCACAGAUAAUGCCAACAUUAAAGAUCUUGCUCAAAUGCUCAAGAAAAUGCCGCAAUAUCAGAAGGAACUGACCAUGUACUCUACUCAUUUGCACCUAGCAGAAGCAUGUAUGAAGACAUUCAAGGCAUCUCUUGACAAAAUCAUUGAGGUGGAGCAGGACCUUGCGAUGGGAACUAACGCAGAUGGAGAGCCUAUAAAAGAUCCCAUGAAGAGCAUUGUUCCUGUGCUUCUCAACAAUGAUAUUGGGCCGUUUGAAAAGAUCCGCAUCAUACUGCUGUUCAUUUUCCACAAGAAGAAAGGCAUUGGAGAGGAGAACCUCAACAAGCUGAUUGAGCAUGCAAACAUAAAGAACCACAGCACCAUCAUCUCCAACCUCCAGAACCUUGGCUGCAACAUUAUAGCUGGGGGCCGCAAUUCAGGAAAAACACUGCCAGCACGCAAAGAGCGGACAGAGAGUACAUACCAGCUGUCAAGAUGGACUCCCACUAUCAAGGACGUCAUGGAGGACGCCAUAGAGGACAAGCUGGACAAGAAGCAGUGGCCGUUUAUCGCAGAACCUGCACCCAUCAACACUACUCAGACUACAGUCAAUAGUGCUCGUUUUGGACAUUGGCACAAAAACAAGUCUCCGUCAGAGUAUCGCUCCGGCCCUCGGCUCAUUAUCUUUGUGAUUGGGGGAGUUUCCCACUCUGAGAUGCGCUCUGCUUAUGAAGUCACUCGUUCCACUGAUGGGAAAUGGGAAGUGCUUAUUGGGUCAUCUCACAUUUUGACACCAAACGGCUUCCUCAACGACUUAAAGAGUCUGGACCAGGACUCUGUGCCUACUUCUUAGACGGGAAGACCAGACAAAAAUAGGGGAUGUGUUCUUUGAUUGAACGCUGAUAUUCUGUUUGAAAUUUCCGUGCUCCAAAGUAAAUUAUGAAGUGACCUUUUAAAUAUAACCAUGGAAGGAAGUUAGUUUGAAAUUAUUUUAGGUUCUUUUUAUUAUUUGAUCUAAUUUGGUUUCAGUAUUCUGCUGAUGGAGGUUGUAUAAAGAUAUUUAAGUUAAAGUUAGUACGCUAAUUACUGAACCACUAUCCAUGUUCCUAUUUCUUUACAAUGGGUUAGAUUUUUUUUUUAACUUUACAAAAUCUCAUAAAACAUCUGCAAUUUCUUUAUAUUUUCCUUCGGUAGCCAAACUCCCUUUCAAAGUGUUCUAAAGCAUCUUUAGGCAUGUUGAGCAUUAUUUUCCUUAAUUUUUCAGUCCAAUUAACUUUGAGAACAUUUUCAAAAUAAGGUUUUACUUUAAGACAUUGAACAACUUUUCAAGAAAUUAAGUCAACACUGUAUUGUCUGCAUAACGGGCACCAUGGAAAAAAAGAUCCGACACUGAAUGAAAAUAUUUUCUUAAAUGUAGUUUUUGUUGCAUUAUGGUCACUUUGUAAGAGUUAUGGUGUGAAAAUAUGGCACAUAUAGAUUUUAUGUUUAACGCAUAAGAAAACUGGACUCAACAGUUGCUCACUUAGAGCCAGGCUAUUUUUAUGAAGUGUAAAAAUAAAUAACUGGAUUUUCUGCAAAUUUUAGGUCAAAGUUCAGAGCUGAAGUGAGGAGUAGUCGAGAUCCAUCAUAACACUUUAGAAAUGAUGAGACAUUUUCACAAGAUUUCUGUAGUACGUUACCAGAAUCUGUCGGCUUUUAAGGAAGGCCAAAGGAUUUAUGUUUUUUUUUUCUUUUUUUGAGAACUUUGCCGAUGAUUGUACCUUUCUAUUCUUUAGAAAAACUAGUCUGGUAUCAGGUAUAAUGAAAAUAAAGUAGUAGGAUCACUGGAGAUUUACAAUCGUCAGAUGUUUGUUUAAAAAAAAAAAAAAGUUUUUUCUUUGGGUACUUUCUUGUGCUCUUUCAAAAAAAUGUCUCACCUGCUGUGAUUAAAAGUAAUUGAAACGUUAAUAUGAAAUGAUGGAGACUUGCUUCACAUAUGUUAAUAUAUUGUGGGGAGUUUGUGUAUUGGGUGUUUUGUUUCCUCUCUUGUAAGUGAUAAAUAAAAAAUGUACUUGUCUCAAA